CGGGCGUGCAUGACAGCACGCUGCUCUGAUGCAGGCCUGCGAGCUGUCUGUGCGGCGCCGGUGCUGGCUUUGCAGGCGCCGCACAGCCGUCGAGAUUUAGAAUUUCGCGCGCAUCGCCCUCGCAUCGCGCCGCAUCGCCGCCGGCCGCGAUGGCAGCGCCGCGCGCCCGUCGCAUCGGAGGCCGGCCUGCUGACCCACGCCGGCUCCGGUCGGGCACCUGCUGCGCACGCACCUCCGCCGUGGGGUGCAUCUCUCCGCCCGUGGUGCGUGUGCACGGAAUUCCCAUCCACUCGCACUUGCGGAUGCCGGCUGCUGGAGCGUGCCGCAGAUUUGCGAGGGCGCCCCCGACGGAUGCCGCCAUCGCGGCGCAUCGCCCGACCGCCGCGAUGCUGCUGCAGAUCUGCGUGCGGCCGAAUGCCCGCCGCGCAGCAUGCUGGGUGCUGCUGAGCCGCUGGCACGGCGACGGCACAUGCAUCACCAGCACAGGCACAAGCGCAGGGUCUUGCUGCGUGGGGGCGCAAGGUCCGCCGCGCCAUGCGGCCCCUUGCCCCAUGGGCGUGCGCGCGCGCGCGCGACGAGGGCCUCCGCACCACGCCGCCUCGCCGCCGCCAUGCCUGCUGCUUCUGCUUGCCUCGCUCCUGUCGCUGCAGCGCAAGAUGUAUCCUCCGCUUACGCCAGCAGGCAAUCGCUGCCCCAGCGCCGACGAGGCGGCGUCGACGAGCAGCACGAGGCGGUGCAGCGCAAAGCGACAUCCCCAUGGGCGGCGGCGGCGGCCCUCGUUGCCAUGCUCCCCUGCGUCUGCGGCGCACCGCCACGCCGUGCGGUGCUUCGAGCUUGCUCCUCUCCUGCAGAAGAUUAGCCAGUCGCAGCGACGGCGGGCAAGAGCAUCGACGUCGAGCUCGGCCUCGCACUCGGAUUCCGACGGCUGCACGUCGGGCAAGAUGCACGCGGCGCGGUGCGCUGCAGGCACGCCGCUACCGCCUCGUCACAUGGCCAUGCGCCCGGCGCUACGCGUGCAUGGGAGCCGGGCCAACGCAUCGCUGCGCGGGUGCGAGGCAACGCCGUGCCGUGGCGCUGCGGCAUACUUGCUGCUGGCCGCCGGCGCCGGCGCCGCCCGCGCUCGCGAGGGCCGGACGCGCAGCGGGACGCGCCUGCGCCUAGCGCCGCGUCCCGGCGUCGCUGCAUCGCGCUUGCCUUCCGACGGAGCACGCUCGCGGCCCACGCGCCGCCGCGCCCCGCUUCCUCUCCCACACCAUUCGUCGAAGCCAAGACAGGCGGCGUGGGGCGUUGCUGAGCGGGGCGGCACGGGUGCCUGCGCGCGGCGUCUUGGCCGGCGCGGCGGCGACGUGUGCGCGUCCCAGCCGCGCGCUCCCAGGGGCGAGGAGGCGGACCCCUGGGGGCGCUCGCUCGGGCGCUCGGACUCGCGCGAGAAGAGCUGUCCGGACGCUUCACUCGCGCGAGAGACAGACGGUCCGCACAUCUCUCAUUAA